AUACUGUGAGUCAUAUAGGGCAAGUCCUGCCUGGUGUUUACUCUGCUUCAGCGCUGCGCUGAGAAGUCGCUCUUUGUGGAAGGAGCAACAGGCGGCUGACUGCAAAAAAAAAAAAAAAAAAAAAAAAAACCCACACGGAACUCGGAUACUUCGCCUCCUGCGCCCCGGCUUAAUUAAUGAGAAAGAGAGAGAGAGGGGGGCGUGCGGUCCGGUUCUGAAUGGAGCUGCUUCGGUUCGCCGUUUUCUGCUGGGGAGCGACCGCGUUCGGCGGCGUCCUGUCGCAGCUGCCCGCGGAGCCGCUUGCUGUUAUGAAGAUAAGACAGCUGUGCAGGUUUUGUGACGUCCAGGCCAGCGGCUGCCAGGGUAAGGGAUCCUGCAUGGUGGAGUGUGAUAGAAACAGCAUUUGCGAAAGGGACGAAGAAGUGUGUGUCAGUAUUUGGAGGAAGAAGGAUGACAACGUUACAUUUGAAACGUUGUGUCACAAUCCAGCUGAUCCACUGUAUGGUCUGAUGCUGGAUGAUUACAACAGCACCAAGUGCAUUAUGAAAGAGAAAAAGGGCAUGGGCUCAAAGUUCUUCAUCUGUUCCUGCUCCAAAAAUGAAGAGUGCAACUGGAACGUCUUUUUUAACCUAGAUUCUCAGGUGGGCGCCGUCAUCCUGGUCAGCCUGGUGCCUCUUCUAGUCAUAGCCGUCGUCGUCAUCGCCUCCUUCUACUGUUACCGGGUCUACAGCCAACAGCGAAACCCGCGCAAGAAGGGCCUGCCGCGCGACUUCAGCGACAAGCAGGCCAUCAUGGACAACGAGGGCUCGGACAGCAGCUCCACGCACGCCAACAACCUGAACCACAACAACGAGCUACUGCCCAUCGACCUGGACGUCCUGGUGGGCAAGGGCCGCUUUGCCGAGGUCUACAAAGCCAAGCUGAAGCAAGGCUCGUCGGUCAGCGAGGAGCACGGCUUCGAGACGGUGGCGGUGAAGAUCUUCCAGUACGAGGAGUACGCCUCCUGGAAGAGCGAGAAGGAGAUUUUCUCGGACGCCGACCUGAGGCACGAGAACGUGCUGCACUUCCUGACAGCGGAGGAGAGGAAGGCCCAGAGGCAGUACUGGCUGAUCACGGCUUACCACCCGCUCGGAAACCUCCAAGAGUACCUGACCAAUAACGUCAUCUCCUGGCACGACUUGUGGAUGUUGGGGAGCUCGCUGGCCCGCGUGGUGGCGCACCUCCACAGCGACCGCACGUCCUGCGGCCGCUGCAAGGUGCCCAUCGCUCACAGGGACAUCAAGAGCUCCAACAUACUGGUGAAGAAGGACCUGACCUGCUGCCUUUGCGAUUUUGGUCUCGCGCUGCGGCUGGACAACACCCUGUCAGUGGACGAGCUGGCCAACAGCGGGCAGGUGGGCACGGCCAGAUACAUGGCUCCUGAGGUGUUGGAGUCCAGGAUCAAUCUGGAAAACAUCGAGUCGUUCAAACAAGCAGACGUUUAUUCCAUGGCUCUGGUUCUGUGGGAGAUCAUCUCCAGGUGCAGCGCCAUCGGAGAGGUGCAGGAGUACAAGCCCCCGUUUGGGAACCUGAGGGAACACCCGUGUGUCGAGAGCAUGAAGGACAGCGUUCUCCGAGACAGAGGAAGACCCGAGAUCCCCAACAGCUGGAUGAGCCACACAGGCAUCCAGAUCGUGUGCGGCUCCAUAGAGGAGUGCUGGGACCACGACCCAGAGGCCCGGCUCACGGCGCACUGCGUCGCCGAGCGCUUCGACGACAUCGAGUACCUGGACAAGCUGUCGGACUGCUCCGACUCGGAGGAGAAGAUCCUGGAGGAAAUCAUCGUCGUGGAUGAGAAGUAACCUCUCAGCAGAGCGUCCGCCCCCACCAGGGCGGCCGAGGCAUUGCAACCAAAGAGCCUGGAAAGGAAGGACUCUCAGCGGAUGAGUUAUUAGCUCCAUUAGAUGGGUGACACAGGAGUCGCACUGGAAGGUGGCCUACAUGACAGGGAUUUGUCGCCAGAGAAAUUAUCAGGAUCAAGUCAACAAGGAACAAACCGGGAGAUCGAAUGAUUCAUCAUUUUUCACCAAGUACUAUUUGCACUUUAUAAAAAGGAAUAUAUAUAUAUAUAUAUAUAUAUAUAUAUAUA